ACAAGUACGCUGCUUUCAUCCAACAGACGAGACAGACACCAACUGCAGGACCCAGCAGCGCUUUCACCCGCAGCAGAAAGUAUACUUAAGCUGUAGUUGCAGCACAUUUGGAGGCACUGUUAUAGACCGUAUUUGUUACUGUUAUUACCAACUAAGAGAUAACCUGGACCUGGCACACGGCAAAGAGAUGCAGCUCCUGAUUCAUUUCACUUUGGUGUCGAUUGUUUUGACCUCGAUUCUGAAAACCCUAGACUCAGACCAAGAGCUGCAGGACAGUGGGUUCGGUCAACCGCCGCCUCGCCACGGCCUGAAGUUGCUGGUGUGGUACGUACAGAACUGCCUGGACAACAACAUGGUGGCUCUGUGUGAUCCCACUCGCGGAGAGUACGGAUUUCAUGUGUUUCUGAACCGAGGGCCCAAGCAUCUGCUUCCAGUGAUAAAGGACAAAAAGCAAUACAGGUACUACACCAUCGGAAACCUCCACGCUCCUCAUGCCGAGGACCUGCCAUAUGAAGUAAGGAAGUACUACAACCGCAGCGACCCUGAAAGUAACAUGGACAGAGUUUUGGUGAUAUACAACAACAACAAUAAACACAUUGAGGAGAUCUACGCAUCUGCACAUUAUAAGGCAAAAGAGACAUACAAAAUUGGCCCCAAUCUUCUUGCCUCUCUUCGACAGCCAUUUGCUUUCAUUAGCAUAGAAAUGUAAUGAUGCAAAAUAUCUCUGACAUCUUUAAAAGCUGUGUGACUCUUUAUGAAUCCUGAUGGAAUUCCAAACAUGUUUUAAACAAUCUUGAUGGAUGUAUUUGGCUUCUGCUUAUCUUUGGGGGGGUAGUGCUAGACUAGCUUUUGACGAGCUGUUAAGGAUUGAAUUUGAGUCAGGAAAGUGUGUGUGUAAAGCUGCACAGCCUGCCUGCUUGUAAAAUAUACAGUACAGAAUGCUUUGAGGAAGUUUCUUUAGCCAAAUAAAAGAAGUUCAAAUGUGCUGCUUAA